AUGGCGUUAAGGAGGGCAUUAUCAGACAUGGCUAUUAAGCAGAUGGCUUUACAGAUGCAAUCUGAGACGUUCAGAAUUAUUCAGUAUCUUUUGGUGACUGUGAUAAUCUGUACUCUAAUAUUCAGUUUCACCUCAGCUGGAGGAGAUUACGAUUAUGAGCCUCAAAUCGGACCUUUAGGCAAACAUCCUGAUGAAGGCAAUGAGGACCAUGGUCAUGAAGGGUUCAAUGAGGAUCACGGUCAUGAAGGGUUCAAUGAGGAUCACGGUCAUGAAGGGGGUGAGGAAGAUCACGGUCAUGAAGGGGGUCAGGAAGAUGCUGGUGUGAGCGCGGAUCCAACUCAUAUUGUUGAUGGAGCCUUGAUCUACAACCACUGUGAUGAAUCCUGCAGACUGACAGCACACGGGGAGCUCCAUGUACCCCACGAUCACGUCGAUGAGUUCUGUAGCGGGCCUUGCCUUGAGGAGACGAACCAUAUGCUAGACUGCAUAGAUGGGAUUAUGGGUCACUUUUUGUUCUUUAAUAGGGCCACCACUCAGGAUGUCAGGGAUACAAUUCUUGCAGGCUGUGGACAUGGUGAUAAAAGAGGUAAUUUUGAUGUGGGAGAGCACAUUGAAGCUGAUGAAGGGAGCGGAAGCAUCGGAUGCAAGGCUACAUAUUCCCUACUGUCUGGCAUUUUUCUUUCAGCCAUAGGGCAAAAUCUGUUACUAUUGUAA